AACGUGGGGUCGAACCCGGUGGAAGCAGCUCCGACAGAGUUGGGUCUGGGCUCGGAACCCGGGGCGCGGUUCCCCAGAGUUCGGAACUUUCCAGCUCACGUGGGUUUAGCGUGUAGCCUCCCGCUAGUGCGGCGGUGUCGGUGCCCUUCAGCAGCGUGUCCCGUCCACAAACAUGACCGCACACGAGCCGCUCCGCGCCGGGUUCCGACCGGACGAAGCGGUACAACUCCGUGUUUCACCGCCCACCUGUGGCGCAGGCUGCCUCCCGGCCGAGAUCCGAACCGCACCGGAACCGCCUCCACUCUAACCGAAGUUCGUUUGAGUCACUUUUCACGUUACUGGUUCCGAAAUGGCUCCUUGCUCGCGUCGAAGGUGAAGGAGCGGCCCAGCGUGCGGCGCGGUGAAUGGCUUUUACCGUUCAGUUUUUAACCAACCAACCAAAGUUAUAACGCCGUGUUUCCCGGCUCGUCGCAGCCGCUCACAGGUCUGCACUGUGCUCCGGUUCCAGAGGGAUCCAGACGGUCACCUUGAUCCCGGGAGAUGGAAUCGGACCAGAGAUCUCCACUGCAGUCAUGAAGAUCUUUGACGCGGCAAAGGCGCCGGUCAGGUGGGAGGAGCGGAACGUCACGGCCAUCAAGGGUCCCGGCGGUCGCUGGAUGAUUCCCCCUGACGCUAAAGAGUCAAUGGACCGAAGCAAGAUCGGCCUGAAGGGUCCCCUGAAGACCCCCAUCGCGGCAGGCCACCCGUCCAUGAAUCUGCUCCUGAGGAAGACCUUUGACCUUUACGCCAACGUGCGCCCGUGCGUCUCCAUCGAGGGCUAUAAGACACCAUACACAGACGUGGACCUGGUGACCAUCCGCGAGAACACGGAGGGCGAGUACAGCGGCAUCGAGCAUGUGAUCGUGGACGGGGUGGUCCAGAGCAUCAAGCUGAUCACCGAGGACGCCAGCCGACGCAUCGCGGAGUACGCCUUCCAGUACGCCCGCAACAACCAGAGGACCAGCGUGGUGGCCGUGCACAAGGCCAACAUCAUGAGGAUGUCUGACGGGCUGUUCCUGAGGAAGUGUCGCGAGGUGGCGGAGGACUUCAAGGAUAUCAAGUUCACCGAGAUGUACCUGGACACCGUCUGCCUGAACAUGGUUCAAGACCCCACUCAGUUUGACGUGCUGGUCAUGCCCAACCUGUACGGAGACAUUCUGAGCGACCUGUGCGCCGGCCUGAUCGGCGGACUGGGCGUCACUCCCAGCGGGAACAUCGGCGCCAACGGAGUGGCCAUCUUCGAGUCGGUUCACGGCACCGCCCCCGACAUCGCCGGCAUGGACCUGGCCAACCCCACCGCGCUGCUCCUCAGCGCCGUCAUGAUGCUGCGUCACAUGGGCCUGCACCAGCAUGGCGACAGGAUCCAGACGGCCUGUUUCGACACCAUCCGGGACAAGAAGGUCUUGACCAAGGAUUUGGGGGGAAAUUCCAAAUGUUCAGAGUUCACCGAUGAGAUCUGCCGUCGGGUUCAAGACCUGGACUUGAACCCUCAGUGAUCCUCGUGGGACGGAUGGGCUGUAACGCACAAAUGUCACAUGACCCAGUGUGUUUGGAGAUUUCUAUUUUGAUAACCAAAGUAAACAAAGUAUUUAUUGUUUCUACUGCUGACGUGUCGACCAAUAGAAGCUGCCACUGAA